UUAUCAAUUUUUCAAACCUGUCUGUAGACCCCUGCCCAUUCCCUAGACCCUUUAAGGCUUUAACUACUCCAUAAUAUAUAAGGCUAGCUACUUUUGAGGAACCACAAGAAUCACCACUACAAUUUCUUUCUUUCUUUCUUAUACACGCAGAUUGUGUGUAGAAUUAAAGAUUGUAUUGAAGUUUGAAUGGAGAAUCAGUUGGGUCUUCUGAGAAUCCGUGUAAUCAGAGGCAUAAAUUUGGCCAUUAGAGAUUUAAGAAGCAGUGAUCCUUAUGUUGUUGUUAAGAUGGGCAAACAGAAAUUGAAGACUCGAGUGGUGAAGAAGAAUGUAAAUCCCGAAUGGAAUGAAGACUUAACGCUAUGUAUUUCUGAACCUGUUCUCCCAAUCAAGCUGCAAGUUUAUGACAAGGAUACAUUUUCUCCCGAUGAUAAAAUGGGCGACGCGGAAGUUGACAUUGUACCACUUAUAGAUGCAGCAAUUACAACGCGCUGUCAGAACAUUCCUAAUGGAACCAUAAUUUCCAAAAUAACGCCAAGCAGGCAGAAUUGUUAUUCUGAAGAAAGCUGUAUUGUCUAUGAAAAUGGCAAGGUUGUCCAACAUGUGUUUAUCAGGUUGAGGAAUGUUGAGUGUGGUGAAAUAGAGCUCCGGUUGCAAUGGAUAGACAUUCCUGGUUCCAGGAAUCUAUAGCUAAUUGUAUUCAAGCUAUGAGCCCGUUUGGAUUGGCUUAUAAGCUGUUUUCAACUUUUUUGCGUAUUUGACUGAUCAGCUUAAAGUCAUUUUGUGCUUAAAAUAAGUCCAAAAAAAUAAUUCGGUCCAUUUGGCUUAGCUUAUCUAAAGCAGCUUAUAAGCCAAAAAAAAAAAAAAUUAAGUCAGGGUAGCCCAAUUUUUAUUUUUUUUUAGCUUAUAAGCUGCUUUUUUUUAAGCCCAUCCAAACAGGCUCUAUUUGUGGCCAUCAUGUACAUUAUGCUUGCUGUUUUUUUUUGAAUUCUUAAUGGCCGGCCUUGUAAGAAAAGCUAGGUUUUGUACUUAUCGACAUGAAUAUUGGUAGUAUUCAAUUAAAUGAACUUGUCCAUUUGUUGUUGCUGCUUACAUGCUUACAACAAAAUCUGCCUCUGAUAAUCUGAUUACAUAAUCCAUUGUAUUUCUUCCAAAA